AUGGAGUACCACAAUUGGAAACAGGUACUUGCAGCAAUCAGAUCGGGUGGCGGAGAACAAGCAGUGUUUGAAAUUCUGCAUCGGGCACGUGAGCUAUACCGCAAUCGAUUGCAAACGGAUGCUGCAGCAGACGAGUUGGCCUCAUUGUUCGCAGAAUGUGCUAUUGCAGAAGCACAAGGACCAGUGAGGUCGUCCAACAAUCCCCCAUUGGCGCCUCUUCAUGUUGGCCCUUCGAUUCCGCUAGAUUCUGAAGGGAGAUCUUUCCUCGCUAUGUCCGGGAGGCAGCAGGUUAUGCUGGAUGCAUUCGCAGACGGGAGCAGUUUUGUGUGUCUCAAGUGUGGCGGUCUGGUUAGCACUAAUCGCAAAGACGAACAUUUUGCGUACUGGUGUAGCUAG